GUUCGAAAAACGUUCCCCAGGCCAUAGCAUAGCUGCUCCCCGGUUGUGUAUGGUGGGAGAAACCUUUCCAUCGUCCGGGAGCUGAUCGUGGGACAAAGUCGGGAAACAGUUCCGUACCGUCGGUACAGUCGAUCGGACACCACGGCCAGUGCUGGACGCGCUUGUUUCGUUUCGUGCAGUGAGUGUUGUGUGUUUAGUGAACAAACCCCCGACCCCCCACCCAGUGCAAUUAUGGCAGCAGCCUGUAAGAUGGAUCUAACGUUCGAGAACGGGCACAAAAUGCCGGCCCUUGGCUUUGGAACCUGGCGGGCUCCGGAUGAUGAAGUGGAGAAAGCUUUAAACGAGGCACUUGAGGCCGGCUAUCGGCACAUCGAUUGUGCACCGGUGUAUCUGAACGAGCCGACGAUCGGUCGAGUGCUGCGCCAGUGGAUCGACAGCGGACGGGUGACGCGCGAGGAGCUGUUCAUCGUCACCAAAUUGCCCCCGCACGGUACGCGAGCCGCAACGGUGGAAAAGUUUCUUAAACGAUCGCUCACCGAUCUUCAGCUUGAUUAUGUUGACCUGUACCUGGUGCACGUUCCGUUCACCGUGCCCGAGGUGGACGGACCCUUCCUGAUGGACGACAGUGGAGAAAUCGUGCUGGAAACCACCACGGACCAUGUCAGCCUGUGGAAGAGCAUGGAAGCGAUCGCGGAUGCCGGUCUGGCACGCAGCAUAGGGCUAUCGAAUUUCAACCAGCGCCAGAUACAACGGGUGCUCGAUAAUUGCCGAAUUAAGCCGGCCAACCUGCAGAUCGAGAACCACAUCUAUCUGCAGCAGAAUGGGUUGGUAAAGUUUUGCAAAGCGAACGGCAUUACUGUGACCGCGUACUCGCCCCUCGGUUCGAAGGGCAUCGAGAAGCUGCUGAACCGCGAAGUGCCGGACUUGCUGGACAAUCCGGUGGUGAAGGGUGUGGCGCAGCGUCACGAAAAAACUGCGGCCCAGAUUCUGCUCCGUCAUCUGCUGCAGCGCGGCAUUGCGACCAUCCCGAAAAGCACCAACGCCGCCCGUUUGCGACAAAACAUUGCGCUGUUCGAGUUCGAGCUGUCCGACACCGAUAUGGCCGAGCUGAAUGGGCUCGAUCAAAAUUUGCGCAUUUGUGACUUUGGAUUCUUUCCCGGCAUCACCAAACACCCGGAGUUCCCAUUUUAAAUACACGAUACAGUAAAUCUUUUUUUUCCCUGAUGCAUUUGCUAUUUUAUUACUCUCCAUUUACACCUACUGUUAGUAAACACUAAAAUAAAACUCUCGCUUUGGAUAAAAAAAAUCUUUCUCAUUAGCUUGCCUUUAGGCGCGGUUGCAAACAGAACAAAAGCGUUCCCUUGCGCUCCCUACUCUUUUCAAUCGUUGCCAACUGACCACUUAAUACAUAUAUAAAUAUAUAA